AUAUGUUGUGUAAAAAAAAAAGAAAAUGAGCUUUUACUGUUGAACGACUCACCUUAUCCAUUCGCACGCCCCGAGCAGCCGUCCACCCUCCCCAUUUCUCCUCCUCCAGUCCUCCGACACCCGAGCUGCUCCCUCCUUGGCUCCCGGCGAUUUCCGACCGGAUCCCACCGGUUUCCGCGCUCGUGGAGGCGGUUUCCGACCGGCAAGAAGAGGUUUCCGGGCGGGCGCGGGCGCCGGUGCCGCUGCCGGCCGCUCCCGUCAUUUCCCGAGCGGAAAUCGGGGUGUUUCGGCCGGAUUUCGUCGCCGGUCGCGCGUAGCUUCCGCUUGCUCCGGGUUUUGCGGUUUUCGGAAGUUCCGGCCGGUAAAUCUUUGAUUCCGACCGGUUUUUCUCCCUACCGACCGGAUCCGGCUGCUGUGGGUAAGGUUUUUUUUGUUUGAAUUUUUUUAUGGUAGCAAGUAGUGUAAUAUAAGUAUUAGUAGAAGUAUACAAUGUUUUUAUGGAUUAGAAAACGAGAAUGUGCAUGUAUUUGUUAUUCAUGUUUUGUUAUGUAUGUGUAUGAGUACAAAUGUGAAAAUUAAUAUGCAUGUGUUAUGACAAAUUGAGAAUGUGCAUGUUUUUUUGGUAUGUGAAUAUGCAUGUGCAUGUGUAUGAAUGUUGCACCGUUGCAGGUAAAUGGUUGACCCUGUUUGGGAGCAUGGAGAAAAAAGGGGAUCGGGUUUCAAGUGCAAGUAUUGUGGCACAUCAAAGAGCGGUGGAGGGGCAACACGGUUCAAGGACCACUUGGCACAUAGAGGUCAUGAUGUUAUUGAUUGCCCUUCGGUUCCCCCCGCGGUGAAGAACUUUUUCAUUAGUGAGUUGGACAAGAUAAAGGCGAAGAAGUAUGAAAGACAGCAAGAUAGGCGUAGGAGAGAUGCUGCAGCUCGAAGUACUCAAUAUGUUGACUUUGAAGGUGAGGAAGAAGAAGAAGAAGAGCAGGAUGAUGAGUUGCAGCAAGCUUUGAGACAUUCACGGGAAGAGUAUGAGUUUAGGCAAAGGGCUGGUCCAAGGUAUGAGAGGGGUGGUGGUUCUGGAUCAGGCCAGGCACGGGAUCCAGGUGGUGGCUCUAGACCAAUUGGGAGGAUGUUUUCUAGGAGUCGGUCACAUAUCCCCGAGCGGGCAAGGGACUAUAACCUUGCUACUGCUUCCGGACCGAGGCAGCAGAGGAUUGAUACGGGGCCUUGGACGUCUAAGGGGAGGACUGCGAGAGAGUUGCUGGGUAGGGCGUGGUCAAAGGCUUGCCACUCCGUUGGUAUUCCUGGACGGAAGGUAGAUGACCCUUACUUUAGGGCGGCCAUCAUAGAGACACAGAAACAAGGUACUGGGGUCACGAUCCCAACUGGGAGGGACAUUGAUGGAAAAUAUCUUUCAGAGAACGUGGAGGAGAUAAAGAAGGAGAUCAACAAGUGGAAGCAAGAGUUCCCUGAGUAUGGUGCCACUAUCAUAUGUGAUUCAUGGACCGGUAUUUCUCGCAAUAGCGUAAUCAACUUCUUGGUAUAUUGCAAUGGAAUGAUGUACUUCUGGAAGUCUAUUGAUGUAACUGGAAAAAUACAAGAUCAUCAUCUCAUACUUAAGGAGAUAACAAUUGUUCUGAACGAUAUAGGGCCAGAAGAUGUGAUUCAGAUAGUCACUGAUAAUGGCAGCAACUUUAAGAAGGCUUGCAAGCUGUUGGCAGAGGAGUACCCUCACAUUGUGUGGCAGCCAUGUCUUGCCCACACGAUCAACCUCAUUCUUAAAGAUAUUGGAAAGUGGGAUGAUCACAAGGCCAUGAUUCAGAGUGCCCAAUAUAUUUGUCAAUGGUUAUACAAUUCUAAUAGUGUGCACUCCAUGUUUAAGAGUGCCACUGGUGGGGAGCUAGUUAAAUGGAAUGCAACAAGAUUUGGCACUAACUAUAUGUUUCUGGAGAGUUUUAUGAAGAAGAAAGAUCAAUUUAUGAUAUGGAUGAUGUCAACUGAAUAUAGAUCAUCACGCCACUACAAGACUGAAGCAGGCAAGUAUGCAUUCGAAUGCAUGACCUCUGUUCAAUGGUGGGCAAACAUGCAGUAUGUUAUUAAUGAUGUGGAGCCUCUCUAUUCUUUUUUGCGAUUUGCUGAUCAAGACAAGACUCCAACUUUGGGUGAAGUUCUUAUGGAGUACGGCAGCCUCAAGCGUACAUAUCAUACCCGGUUCCAUUCAGAUAUGGCAAGGUGUGACAGGAUCAUGGAAAUUGUUGACAGAAGGUUGGCUAGUGUGUUCGAAGAAAAUGUCUUUGGAGACCUUCGGAAAGGGCUGGAGAAACUUUUUGACAUCGACAGAGCAGCACGUGCACUACAAGAAAACACCACAUCUUCAGAUAGCAGCUAA